CAUGACAAUCGACAGGUCUGACUGUUUGACAUGUCAGAAGUACGACUGGCUCGACUCUCCUGGAGCAACAGUUCAGUCAGCAGGACAAAUAUGACAACAUGAAGGCUAAAAAGGUUCAAUGGAAACAUGAAAACAUUUACCUGGGUCACCGUCUGAUGGUUUGCUGCUCCGCCUGGUGAGAGGAGAACACCACCUGCAACCUGUUCACCUGCGGCUUCGACAGGCAGACCAUCGGCUGGAACAUUAACGAUCCCGGCUCUGCUGCAGAAGAAAUUAUCUUUUCCUUUUCCUUCAUCUUCUCCACAUUGGUAGCACACAGUGAAACCUCUCCCACAGCGUGUGUUACUGUCUUGUUGGUGUGAAAGAACCAACGAGACACCAAGUGUUUGUGGCUUGUGGCUGACAGGAUGGAGUCUGUCUUUAUAGCCUUAGGACAGUUUAAAUCCUCAGAUAAGUCCUCACCUUAGACCUUUUCCAGAACAACAUGACAUAAUUUUUGCCACAUUGUACACCUUUCUACACAAGUGCAGGACAGCAGCAGGACAGUCUGGGUAUUUGUUAGAGCAGUGAUUCACAAAUGGUUCAGCUUCUAAACCCCAAAGUCACAGUGGAAGAAAAUUGUGAACCCAACUACUGGAUAAAUGUAGAAGCAUUACAGGUAAGUCAAUUGAACAAGGGUUUAAUGUCAAUAGAAAUGGUAUCAACACGGAAUAAAUUGUUUAUAUGUAAUUCGUCUCUUUAUUGUAUAAUUUGUAGCAGUAUAUGUAUACCAUUAUUAGUUUUUAUUUUUAUUUAGAUUUAUAAAGAGGAUCUCAAGACCCCACAUUUUUUUGACUCGCGACCCCUUGUGGGGUCCCAAUACCUACUUUGGGAACCACGGUGUAAGAAAGACACAAUUUCCAGGCACCACAGGACGCAUGAACUUUUUCAAUUUGGACUGGUGGCUACUACAAAGUGGGAAUAUAUUUCACAAGUAUGGGACCCUGUUGGGUUGGCAAAUAUAUCAGCAAACCCAUCAGGCAUCCUACGUUGGUUUUCCUACUGACUUUCUGCCUUUAUGGGCCCCAUAUUUCAAUUUUGACGAAGUAGUGUUUUUAUGCUUAAAGUGUGGUGAUAAAUGAUAUGACCAGAUAUCAUUUGGGAAUUAUUUUGAAAGAUAUUUAUUAGUGUGUAUUUUUCCCAAAACAGGCAAGUUUAUUACAGAAGGGAUUUUUUUUAUUAAAAGUCGUUAACUAGUUUCCAGUUUCCGUGGAAAAUGUAAAGAAACCACAACUGAGAAAAUAUUUGGAUGUAAAAAAAACAAUUCUGCACUUAGUUUUAGUUUCGCUUUUGUGUUUUUUUUGUUUUGUUUUGUUUUGUUUUUACCCACAGUGUAGUAAAAAAACAGCUGAUUCGCCCCGCCCACUGCUGUGCAUGAACGUGUAGAGUUUUGUUUCUCCGCUUUCAGCCACAAUAGUUUCCCAGUUUAGGUUUCGUUUCUGGCUGACAGCUGAGCCGCAUAAACAAACGUCGGCGUUUGUUCCUGGUGAGGCUCACAGACAGGAUGUUCUCUUGGGGAGAGGACUGUCAGCGAGGUUUCUGGCUGAACGGAGACUCCAGCACAGAUAAAGGAGUCCAUCAUUUAAAUGUCGGUUAUAACGUGACGGGUCUGUCUGCAGGUCGCAGCGUCCUGGCUUUCGUUAAAAGCAACGGGAACGCGUUCAUUUUGCGCACUUAUGAGAGCAAAGAUGGAAACAGGGUGAGAGGAAAACAGAAGUUUGUGAAAUGUAAGGAGAAGAUUGAGGCCGUGAGCUGUGAAGAUGAUGUGGUAACGCUGCUGUCUGAGAGAGGCUCAGUUUUCUGUGUGGACACGACCCACCCUCCGUACACACCAAGGAUAUUGGACGCUUUCUCUAACAUACAAGUUGCACAGGUUGCUUGUGGGAGCCAGCAUUCAGUUGCCCUGACCAAAGAGUGUCAGGUGUAUACGUGGGGCCUGGACUCCAGGGGUCAGUUGGGCCUGGGGAAGAAAAGUUCAGGAGCCAGAUCACCACAACAAGUCCGAUCCUUAUCGUCCGUCCCUGUGGUUCGGGUCUCGGCAGGAGGAGACCAGAGCUUUGCCCUAUCUGUGUCUGGAGGCGUGUUCUGCUGGGGCAGAAACAACUGUGGACAGCUCGGAUUAGGAGACACAAAAGACACACAUACGCCAACUUGUGUUCAUAGUUUGAAUCUGAAGAAAACACGCGACAUUUGCUGUGGAAAUGACCACACGGCCAUUUUGACAAAGCAGGGGGCAGUGUUCACAUUUGGCUCUGGUCAGUAUGGACAACUUGGACACAACUCCUUUCGAAAUGAACUCCACCCUCGACUUGUUGCUGAACUUUGGGGGGCGAAAGUUAUAAAAAUUGCAUGUGGAGGAAAUCACACAUUAGUUUUGACGGAGGGCUACAAGGUCUACUCCUUUGGUUGUGGAGCGCAAGGUCAGCUGGGAAACAGAGAAGAAAGCAAUCCGUCUGUGCCACUACCUGUUCUUCUACCUCGCGUUUCAGACUCAAUGGAUCCCAAAAUUGGAACCAUCUUUGCUGGAGAAAACUGUUCAUUUGCAACAUGCUCUUUUGAUGAGGAUGUUAACAGAAAUUUAGAUGCUAACAGAUUCAGCAACGCAACUCAGCACGGUCUAGAAGUCAUGGUUGAUAACUGGACGUCUAAAUGUGAUGACAAGUUGUGGAAAAAGAUUAGACAGGAAAUCCGCAGAACGUUUUCAUCCGCAGCCUGUCUGAAUAAAAGCUUCCUUGAACAAAGCAGAGAUAAACAUUUCCAAACCUCAUCAAAGUGCCAUGGUCUGAACCUGAAACUGGCUCGACAGCAUUUUAAGAAACUGGUGAAGACGGAAUUUGUUUGGGACCAGGUCGAAGCUGCGGUUCUGCAUUUGCUCCCUCUCCUUGAUAAGAACCCAGUUGGAGUGGAGAGUCUGAGGAUCUUUCUGCUCCUCAAUGAGCUUCUUCAUAUCAUUCAGAAAUACAGAAAGCAGCAGAGCAGCAAGCUUGCUGAGAUGGUCGCUGCUGCUGUGACAAGCCUGUCAAGGAAAAGCCUUGAGGUUUUAGGGGAGUGGUGGUCAUCGCUGUCGCCAUCCAGCAUGGGGAGGUUUGUGAGCGUGUGGAAGCAAGCGCUCUCUGUGAUUUUGUCCAAAGAAAAUGUUCCUCGCAGUGAUGGUGUCAGAAACCUGCUUCAAGUCCUUCAGUACAUGUACAAUGUUAACAGCAGGGUUGCAGAGUCUCGAAGGUUGCCAGAAAGUGAUUUUUAUUUGUCGUUCAACCCAAAUUUUCUUCGUGAAGAGCUGGAAAUCUGGCGUUUAAAAUCAAAACGCAGAUACGUGCGUUCUGAGCCACUUGUUCUGUGCAGCUUCCCGAUUGUGAUGGAUCUGCAAGCAAAGAAACUAGUUUUUGACAUGAAUACCUUUUUCACCAUGGAGGAAUUCAUAAUGGGUGUUUUGGAACAAAUCAUUGCGGAAGCAUUUCUGGACUUAGGAUUGUGUUACCCAAACGCUCCAGUCUUCCAACUGUACCUAAAUCGAGCUUCUGUGUUAAAGGACACAUUUGAACAGCUGGCUGAUGCUGAUCAGAGAGACUACAAGAGGGAACUUCAGGUGUUUUUUGAUAACAAUUAUGAAAUUGAUCCUGUCUAUGUAAAAGACUUUUUUCAUGAAGUCUUUCAUGAGUUGAUGUCUGCUGAGUCUGAGAUGUUCAUGUUCAAUGACUCCAAAACAUUGGCAUGGUUCUCCUCUAAAGCUUCACAGGAGGACAAGCGUUUCUACCUGUUUGGAGUUCUGUGUGGACUGGCUUUGUACAACCACAUGAUCAUUUACUUACCCUUCCCACUGGUGCUGUUCAAAAAGCUGCUCGGAGGGAGCCCUACGCUGGACGAUUUGAAAGAAUUCAGCCCAAGUUUUGGCAAGAGUCUGCAGUGUAUCCUGGACGAAUACACAGAUGAGGACCUAGAGGACAUAUAUUUUUCAAUCCCCUGGGAUGCCACUGAGGUCGCUCUUGAUCCUGAAAAUCCUGAAAAGCAAGUGACCAGCGAGAACAAGAAAGAGUUUGUGGAUGCCUUCGUGAACCACGCCUUCAAUGCAUCUGUGAAGUCUGUGUUUGAGGAGUUCAAGCAAGGUUUCUUUCAAGUGUGCAACCGGGAUUUGGUGAGGCUUUUUACGCCAAAGGAGUUGCAAGAAAUCCUAGUGGGAAAGGAUUUCCAUGACUGGGAAAAGCUUAAGCAGAACACAGUUUAUGAAGGUGGGUACAGUGUCGACCACCCAAUCGUACAGACGUUUUGGGAAGUUUUUGACGAGCUUACGGAGAAUCAGAAGAAAACCUUUCUAUGGUUUGUUACCGGAUUUCAACGGGUGCCUAUCCUCGGCUUGGAUAAGAUAACGAUGAAAAUCAAAGUUAAACACUUCCAGGAUCUCUCCGACCAGUAUUAUCCUGCGACACACACAUGUUCCUCCACCCUGGAGCUGCCGCUGUAUUCAACCAAAGAAAUCAUGCAAAGCAAACUGACAGAAGCUCUGAGCAACAAAAGGAUCAGUCAGUGUCUUUGAUUCAGGUCGAUGUCUUGACUGCAUCUUUACUGUGUGAUGAAGACUUUUUUACUCACCAACACAAAUCUGAACAACAAGCAGCCAUGGGGGCUAUAGUCUGUUAGUCCAUAUGAAGAAUAUGUGUUUAUAUAAAGAAAAACCGGUAUUAAGCUAAAACUGCUUUUGGUCAAAUAUUGCAAGGAAGUUGCUUCUGUCAUGGAGUCAUGUUUAACUGAUAUAUUCAUUUUGUAACUCAUUAAUAUAGUUUUAAAAAGAAGAAAACUCAACAGAGAUGUAAUUCUUAAAUUAUGCCUUUAUUUGUUCACAUACUGUUUUAUUAAAUAUUCAAAUCUCAGUUUGAUAUUUAUGUACCACCCUUUUUUGUGUAUGACAGUUUCACCCCUUCUGAACACACUUAUUUUGUUUUGGCAACGAUUUAAACCUGAUUAAAUUUUACUGUGACUCAGA